ACUUUGUUGACAUGUGAUCUUGGUCAGUCCCCAACAGGUUCUUCACAACUCCGGUAACUCUUGCAAUGGAUUACAUCUUGUCAACGCUGAAGGAGACACCUAUCAACGUUCUUCUCUGGCUGCCCAUCGCAUACCUUACGUACGAUAUUCUCUUCCCUCGAUCGUCGGUCCACUCCGGAUCCUCGGUUCCGACGUCUUACGAAGAGGCUUAUGUGUGGAAGCCAAAAACGCACCCUCCUGCAACAUUGUUCAAGAAAUAUUCGCCUAUAACCCUCUCAGAGUUUAACGGGACUAAGAAUCCGAAGAUAUUGUUAGCUAUCGACCGUGUGGUAUAUGAUGUGACAGCUGGGAAGACGUUUUACGGGCCGGAUGGGCCGUAUGGUAACUUCGCCGGACGAGAUGCAUCAAGAGGAAUGGCGAAGCAAUCCUUUGAUCUAGAAAUGUUGACCCCAGUUGACGCGCCAAUUGAUCCACUGACGGAUCUCACUGAUAGCGAAAGGGACAACAUGAGAGGGUGGAGUGAUCACUUCACGCACAAAUACAUGACUUGCGGCGAGCUCGUCGAGAAUGACCAAUUAUAAUGUCUCAUAGAAUGCCGAUUUUUAAGUCAGGUCUAAACCUUGAUUAUUUUAA